AUGGUGUUAGAGGUUACUCCUGGUAAGUAUUCAUUAUUUUAUAUUCAAUAUACGAAUAAAUGACAUUUUAUAGUUGACGUGUUGCAAUCUGUCAUCACGUGUGCCGCUUAUUUUUAUGUUUAUGUCUUGUAGAGAUUCUAAAUACUAUUCAGAGACUUUUAAUAAAACUGAAAACAAAUGCUAUGAUACUUAAGUAUCUUUACCGUCAUUACGGGAUUACUUUAAGGUAUUAAAUUACUCACGCGUAUUAUUAUUUGUAUAUUAGCAAUAAACCUAAUAAUUGAUUAAAUAUAUCAAUAAUUAAGCCACACAACAGAAAUGCAUCUGUAUAUAAUGUAUGUAUGUGUAUAUUAUGCACCUCAAAAUGUGAUGGGGGAAGGGGCAAUAUGGUUUUUAGACAGUGUACUACUCUGAUCUUUGAUAAAUGUAAAAGAUAAAUUUCUCUUGCGUAAAUAUCUGUGUGACAAUUUUGUAGCGUUCGGACAUUACAAAGAGUGAUGCAAUAUCAUGACUUGAAGAGGUAUGAUGAUACAUUGACACCGCAGCAAGUAGUCGAUGCGUUACAGGUACGAUUUAACCCUUGGCAAUACGCCAAAAGUCAGCUAGGGUGGUAGCGACUGCUUAAUUUAAAUAACAUACGGCUUUAAAAUACUGACAAUUGAUUAAUUUAGUACGACUAAAUUCUAAACAAAUUGUGAAUUUCUAUGUGCUAUAACGCUGUUUUCUGACCAUUAGAAUUCUGUCCACGAUAUCAGAUGGCAUUUCAGAGACUCUAACCCAGACGAUUUUACUCUUAAAUUGCAAAAUACAUUAUUAAUGACAAGUCGGGCACAAUCCCGAAAAGUCGGGCAAAUUUCUUUCCGCCCCCCUAAUUGUUUCCUUCCGGUACGCCCAUGUUUAUAGUAUAAAUCAAAGUUUUAGUAAUGUAAUCAAAACGAGCCGUCGAUGAUAGAUACUUUAUGUCCGAAGGAAAUUUAAAAAUUCCAUCCACAAACUUAUCAUAAAAGUAUAAAAUGAUGUAAGACUAGUCAAACCAAAGCAUUGUUGUAAAAUGUCAGAGUUCAUAUAUCAAUUAUUAACAACAUAUCUGUAUUGGCUACAGGUGAACUGGGGCAGAAAUAAAUAACAAUAAUGCAUAAAACACCCUUAUUAUCUAUAUAGACUGAAGUGAGCAAUGGUUGUCGUACACAAAGCGGUUACCGGAAAAUGACUUUACGCAUCCGCGUGAAAUAUGGACUCCUUGUGACUAGGUAACCAUUUUAUUGUAUUAUUUUUCCUUAUGACUGACUAAUGAUUACUAUUGAGAGGGGCAGUGUCACGGUGCAGAUUAGCUAAAAUAAACGGCGCAAAGAAACGUUUAAAAUUAAUAAUACACGAAUGGAAAAGAUGCAAGAGCCUUCAUUUUUAAAACAAAGAAAGGAUGUCUUGCAUAACGGAGGAAUUGCAAAUAAUAUAUCGUAUUUCACUCAUAACUUGAUUAAUUGUCGGGCAGACAGUUUUGCGAGUUCGCGCAUAUUUUGGAUGCGCAGUAGAACAGUGACACUCUCCCUUUAACUCGUGCGAGUUAGGUUUCCUAGUUGUUUAAAUGAAUUUGAGUUUAAGAUUGACUACAAUUGUCAUUAUAAGUUGUCCAGUUUUAAUACAUACACUAAUAUUAAUAUGUACGUAUAUAUACCGAAUAUUGAAUACAGCUAAACGUACAUGUCAUUAUAUAGACAGCAAGUUUACAAUGUAAUGAGAUUGUUGAACAUGUGCAAUGAGAGACACUUGCUUGCCGGACUUGGGAGACCAAGGAAAUAUUAUUCUAAGGUAGUUAGUUAAAUGAUUAUAUAAAGUAAUCCUAUAUAUCACUAUAUAUACUAUUAAAAAACCGACCUAAUCUUCCUAUUUCAUAUAGGGUCCUAAUUGGGUGUGGCACAUUGACCAAUAUGAUAAAUUGAGGCACUACGGCUUUUGUAUCCAUGGCGCAAUCGAUGGAUUUUCCAGAAGAUUGAUGUGGCUUAAAGUUUUCUCUACAAACAGAGAUCCAUGGAUUGUUGCGAAAUACUACUACGAAACUGUAAGAUUAGUAAAAGGUAUACUUCAGGAACACAGUGGAGUAAGCAUUUUCAGAGAGAUGUAAUUUGGUGUCCAUCAAAACAUAUACAUUAUAACAUCGGAUAAAUCGUUAUUGGGAACUCAGUCAACGAAACAGUUUUGAAACAGAAUUGUGCAACCUUUAUAGCAUAGCCUAUCAGAACUGCCUGUAAUAGUCAGAACUUACUUGAACACACGAGUGUCCGUAAUAUAGAGACCAUCAUUAAAUAAUAUACAUGCAGUUACAUCUUCAAUAUAUAUCAACUUAUUAAAUGAAAACAUUUCAAUUUAAUAUACCAAGAAAAUUUUAGGUGUCCCAAGACUGGCCAGGAGUACAGUUUCUGUUCCUAAAAACUCCAUAAUACAUGCAGUUUGAAUAAAUACACCGUCCCAUAAUAGAUAAAGUUCCAUAAUACAGUUUAAAUUAAAACACGGGGUAUUAAUAAAUAUUCACCCAACCAUGGUUAACUGGAGUGGAUGCAUGUGCAUGUGACAACAAUUAAUUAGUGCAUAUGUGUAUCUUUAGUGAUUCCGGCGAUGAUUAGAGUUGAUCAAGGUACAGAGAACACCAGGGUAUUUUCUUUGCGUACGAAGAUUCAAAUUUACCUAGUGGAAAAGUUGGAGAACGGGCUUUGAUGAGAGGUAUAUGUAUUCUGCUCAUUACAAUACCGCUGAUGAAUACCAGUGGGGAAAAUAAGGAACGAAAUCUGCCUCAGCCUUUUGAACAUUAAUGAUAUUAUACAAAAUAAAGGCCACGACCAAAAGAAAUUAGAAUAUAUAAUUCAAAAAUUUUAAAUUUUCGACUGCAUGUAACAGCCUUCGUCAGAAACUAAGAUAUAUAUAUAUAUAUAUAUAUAUAUAUAUAUAUAUAUAUAUAUAUAUAUAUAUAUAUAUAUAUAUAUAUAUAUAUAUAUAUAUAUAUAUAUAUAUAUAUAUAUAUAUAUAUAUAUAUAUAUAUAUAUAUAUAUAUAUAUUUUAUUUUUUUUUCUAGAGGAUUGAAUGCUGGUGGAGUCAUUUAAGGCGCCACUGGACAACUUUUUGGAUUGACUUUUUUCAGGUAUAUAUAUCAUAAAUUUCAAUAGUUGGUGACGAUUGCAUGGUGACACUGUUAAAACGAUUCAGUAUCGUUCUUCUCGUAAUUAUAUUUCUUCAGGAUCUAGAAUCAACGGGGAAUUGGCAAAAGGAUAAUAUCAUUCAUAGGUAUAAACUGUUUAAUUUUUGUCAACAGAAAUAAUAUACCAAUCACAAUGCGUAAAACAGAACAGAACAUGAAGUUAAGAACUUUAAACAUGAAGUAAGGGACAUUGAAAUAACUUCAAAUUCGCAAAUGUAAUUAGGAAAUUCCACUUGAGUUAUAAACUCAAAAGAGGAACGCUUCACAUAUAGUUUACCUGUUAAAUUUCUUUCAGAGGCUGUCUUUACUACAUAUUCAUGCCCAUAUUACAGCGACAGAUCGCAGAAUUCAUGCAGGAAUACAACGCAUAUAGUGUCCGUAAACAAAAGGACAGACUGUGCCCACCUGGUGUCCCUGAAGAUAAUUUUCAUUUCCCAGAGCGACAAGGUAACAAUAAAUCUAAGUUCAUUUGGAAAAACGUGAUGCUACAAAUUUUAAAUGGGGAAAAUACGGGUAGUUCCGUAGUAUAG